CUCGCUUCUCCUUCAUUUCCCUGACCUUCCCAAAUCGCAGAAAAUCGCCGAUCUACUCGGCGGUUCUAGGAUUUCUACCCUAUUUUUUCACGAUCCUUGGAUUUCUUCUUCUUCUCUCUGAUCUGCCCCGGAUUCGAAGGAAUAGAGCAAGGAUUUUCAGCGAUUUCGCUCGAUUUCUUUCCAAUUUGCGGUUUACAUCGGGAUUCGAGACUCGGAUUGGGUUCUCGAUCUGCGAUCCGUCAGGGAUUUGAAGAAAAAGGCGUAUUUUUUGUUUGUUUGUUUGUUUUUUUUUUUCUUCUUCUUCUGGAAUUCGAAGAAAUCAAGCGAUUUUAGGAUUUUCUUUCUGGAAUCAUCUGAUUCGCGAGGGAAAAAAGCAGUUUUUUUUUUUUUUAAAAAAUAAAUUUAGAGAGGAUUUUUCUGUUUCUUUUCUCCAAAGGAGGAGAUUUCUAGGGUUCGAAAUUCUCAGUCGGAGAAAAAGAGGGAUUUUUAGGGUUUUUUAAUUGGAAGAUGUCUUCGACGGCGAUGUCGUCUUCUUCCUACUGGUGUUACCGCUGCAGCCGAUUCGUCCGUGUGUGGGACCGAGAUGCCGUCGUCUGCCCCGACUGCGACGGUGGAUUCAUCGAAGAGGUGGACCACCCGCCACGGCCCACCCCACGCCGUCGAUUCCCCUCCGCAGCCAUGUACAUGCUCGGCAACCGCCCCAAUUCCGAUCAGACUGCCGGUCUCGGGUUCCGCCGCAGCCGUCGCAACGGUGGUGAUCGUUCGCCGUUCAAUCCCGUGAUCGUUCUCCGAGGCCCAGCUGAUGGGGGAGGAGCGGAGGCCGGCGGUGGUGGUGUCGCUGGCGGUGAGCGAGGAAGCUUCGAGCUCUAUUACGAUGAUGGUGCGGGGUCUGGCCUCCGGCCGCUGCCCACAAGCAUCUCGGACUUCUUGAUGGGGUCCGGAUUCGAUCGGCUGCUGGAUCAGCUGGCCCAGAUUGAAAUCAAUGGUGUUGGGCGCUGCGAGCAUCCCCCGGCAUCGAAAGCUGCUGUUGAAUCAAUGCCCACGAUUGAGAUCGUCGAUAGCCAUGUCGUCACGGAAUCGCACUGUGCCGUCUGCAAGGAACCGUUCGAGCUUGGAUCAGAGGCCCGUGAGAUGCCUUGCAAGCACAUCUACCACUCGGAUUGCAUCCUCCCCUGGCUUUCACUCCGUAAUUCAUGCCCUGUCUGCCGCCAUGAAUUGCCAACAGAUGUCCGCGGCCGGAGCUCGCCAGACUUGGAUAGAUCACCAGACCAGCAAUCGCCAACCGCUGCUGAGGAAGAGACAGUGGGGCUGACAAUAUGGAGGCUGCCAGGCGGUGGGUUUGCCGUUGGGAGGUUUUCAGGUGGUCGUCAGGCUGGGGAACGGGAGCUUCCCGUUGUCUACACAGAAAUGGAUGGUGGUUUCAACACAGGCGGUGCCCCGAGGAGGAUCUCAUGGGCUUCAAGAGGGAACCGGUCGAGAGAGAGUGGUAGACUUAGACGGGCUUUCCGUGAUUUCUUCUCCUUUUUUGGGUGGUUACGGCCCUCAUCUUCGAAUACAGAAUCUGGGUCUUCCCGCAGAUCGCGAAGUUUGGUUUUCAGUAGAGCCUCGAGGAGGCGUUCUGGCACUUGGGCAUUGGAAGACGGCAAUGGGAUCUCCAGAUGGUGAUAAGAAGGGGAAGACAGUGGAAAACGCUUAUGUUUUUUCAUAUGGAUUUCUUGUUUGAUCGUCGAUCAUGGUAGUUGUUUGCUUUUGUCUUCAAUCAGAAAAAAAGAAGAAAAGAUCUGUAAAAGUUAUGGUUUUUAAUUUCUGCUGUAAAUACCAACAACGGCGUCAAAUGCAAUGCAUGAAGCAAGAAGAAUUGAGAAAUUUCAUGGUUGGGUUGGAGCCCUUAAUAAUUCAAGAAGUGGAAUUAGAGAUGAUGAUGAUGAUGAAUGUUGACAAAGACUGCGUAUGGAAAGUAAGAAGGUACAUGCCUCUCAUGUACUGUCUUCUGUAUGCCUAUUUGCAAUCAUAUGUUUUGAAAUUCAUUUGAUUCUACUAUUACUUUUGCAUGAAUCCUUAUUUCAUUUCCUAUAAUCUUCUGUGAUAACUUCAAUUUGAGGACAUCAGUUCUUCCCUUUUUAAGAAAAGAUGUUGAUUUUGUUGAGGUCA